AUGACCGUCGAUUUAGAGAAACUCCCCACUUUCGCACAAAAGCCCCGCAUUUUCAUUCUAACAGACGUCUUGAACGAGCCCGACGACUCGCAAUCACUCGUUCGAUACCUGUUAUAUUCCAACGAGUUUGAGACUCGCGGUAUAUGCGCGACGACAUCUACCUGGUUGCGUUCCAGCACCCAUCCAGAAGAACUUCGUCGCAUCAUCACGGCAUAUGGCGACGUUGUUGACAACCUGAAUAAACAUGUGCAUCCAAGCUGUCAAUACCCGUCUACCGAACACCUUCUCUCGCUAGUGACAUCGGGGCCAAGGGUCUACGGCAAAAAAGCGUUGAAAGAGCCCCAUAGCGAAGGCGCGCAACGGCUGCUAGCCGCCCUCCAAGAAUCCGAAGAACCACUCUAUGUCCCUGUCUGGGGUGGUGUGAACACACUCGCUCAAGCACUCAAAUACCUCGCCGAGACAUCUUCGCAGGACCUAGCUGCCAGAGAACGAGCCAAACUGCGUGUUUAUUCCAUUUCCGACCAAGAUGACACCGGGGCAUGGAUUCGUGCCAAGUAUCCCGGUGUCUUCUUCAUCGUUUCUUUGCACGGCUGGAAUCAAUAUAGCCAGGGUAGCUGGCUAGGCAUGAAUGCCAGUGCUGGCGACGGAGUCGAUCACACAAAGGUGCAAAACCCAUGGCUAAACGAGCACAUCCGCAUUGGUCCGUUCGGAGUCAAGGCUUAUCCCGAGGUGAAAUUUGGCAUGGAGGGUGAUACGCCGUCUUUUCUAUGGUUGAUUCAAAAUGGAUUGAGUUACCGGGAUUUCAUUAAUUGGGGCGGUUGGGGUGGCCGGUAUAUUAGGCCGCAGAGUGAGGCCGAUUGGGAAGAUGGUAUCGAUGGGAAUCACUUCCAUAAUGCUCAUGACUUUGGUGUUGUUGGAGCUGAUGGGAAGCCUCAUACUGAUCACAGAGCGACGAUUUGGCGAUGGAGGGAUGCUGUUCAGGAUGAUUUUGCGGCACGAAUGCAUUGGACAGUUACGGACGAUUUCACCAAGGCGGGCCAUCCACCGGUUGUUGAUGUCAAUGGCCAUGCUGGAACGGAGCCGCUGAUCUUGAAGGUCAAGCCUGGCGAAAGGCAUACUCUGGAUGCGAGUGGGACCUAUUGUGCCGACGAUGGAAGCGCUGGCGAUGACCUGGAAUACACCUGGAUGCUCUACAGCGACGUCAAUGGAUUCCAUUUCUUCGGCAUGGGCCCGAAAGUCAAUAUUGAAGCUUUGGAAGGCAUUUCCUCAGACAACAAAGGCAAUGAUACUGCAGGAUUUGCUACAUUUACUCGAGCACGCAAGAUCGCAGUAACGGUGCCAGAAAUUGAGAAGCAUCCUCAAACGGGACUUGUGACGCCGGACUUUCAUAUCUUGCUGCAAAUUACCAACAGGGCGGGUCCAUAUCCCAUUCGGCGGUACAAGCGAGUCGUUUUCUCUUAUAUCCAUGAAGGCACAUCCGAGUCUCUCAAAAAGAUGCCGGAGAGCGCUGGUGAAGCAAACCGGCUGUAUGGAAACAUCGAUGCAGGAAGGCCAAGGGUCGUCUACUCACAACCACCAACUUACAGACCCUGUAACUGGUGGGGAGUGAAAGCCAAAGGAAACAAAUAA